CAACACGACCGCGUUUCCAAACAAAGCUUCACCACCACACGGGCAUCUACAUACCCAUUUGACGCUUGAUAACCCCCUCAGUCUGUCGUGCGUAGGGUCGUCUCCCGUCGCUAAAAUGCCUGCUCGAACGUCGAACCGAUCGACAAGAACCUCGGCUGCCAGACAGUCAAACGCCACCGUCGCAUCACGAGCCUCCGGCGCCUCUCGUGGAUCUUCUUCACCCCCCGAAAUUGUCGACACCCCUGACAGCGCCUUGAGAGGCAAGGUCUGUGGUGUCUUUCGCGAUGCUCAGCGAACUACGGCGACACAUCGAAAGCUCGUCGUGAAUCUGCGAAAGAUUCACGAGUCAUGCUGCUACGAACCAACCGACCCCAAACAUUCUCAGUCCAAUGACUUCGACGAAGAGGCCUUCAAUCAUGAGUUCGUCAGAUGCGUUCUCAGAAUAAUGCCGAUCAAGAAGUCGGAAAGUGUCGGAGAGAAAUCAAUUCGAUUCAUCGGCCUCUUCCUGCGACAUGCGGGUGAAAAGGAUAAUGAGCUCCUUGGAGAUAUUGAGGAUGAUGCGAGUGUCAUGCCCGAGACCCCAAGCACCCGCCUCACAUCGCAGCUUCUCGAAUCAGUUCUUCCACUCUUGACCGCCAAGGACAAAUUUGUUCGGUUCAGGUCGACCCAGCUCAUCUCACACAUUAUCAACUCUCUUGAUGCGAUAGACGACGAUCUCUUCCAGAAGCUCCGGCACGGAUUGCUUAAGCGGAUCCGGGAUAAGGAGGCCAUGGUUCGCGCUCAGGCAGUGUUGGGUCUUGGCCGUCUCGCUGGUAAUCAGGGCGAAGGCUGCACGAACUCGGACGACAGCGAUGAUGAUGAGGACACAGGCUUGCUUGAGAAAUUAUUGGAUGUUCUGCAGAACGACCCCAGUGCCGAUGUGCGCAGGUCUCUUCUCGUGAAUCUCCCAAUCCUCCCCAACACCUUGCCCUUCCUCCUUGAGCGCGCUCGAGACCAGGAUUCCGCAACGCGGCGGGCAGUCUAUUCCCGUCUUCUACCGGCUCUGGGAGACUUCAGGCAUCUUUCUCUCUCUAUGCGAGAAAAGCUCUUGCGAUGGGGACUCCGAGACCGAGAUGAAAACGUUCGCAAAGCUGCAGGUCGACUCUUCCGGGAGAGAUGGAUUGAAGACUGUGCAGGCACGCCGCCUCCAGAAGAAGGUCAGCAGGCGGAGCCUUCACCACCAAACUUUGAAGGUCUUUUAGAACUGCUUGAGCGAAUUGAUGUGGUCAACUCUGGUGUUGAUAAUGGUGUUGCUCUCGAGGCUAUGAAGGGCUUCUGGGAGGGUCGCCCAGACUACCGCGAGGCGGCUGAGUUCGACGAUAAGUUCUGGGAGACUCUUUCUGCCGAGUCGGUCUUCAUGGCGAGGAGCUUUAAUGACUUCUGCCGCCUUGAGGGCGAUGGAAAGUACUUGGCUUUGCUUGAAGAGAAGACUCCCGAGGUCACGAAGCUUGCUUUCUUCCUUGAACGUUAUUUACAAGUCCUAGUUGAGGCUCUUAAGAGGGUAUCUCAACAAGAGGUGGAAGAGGACGAGGACGAGGAGGACACUGUGGAACAGGAGUUCAUCGUGGAGCAGAUGCUCCAGAUCGCUCUCACGCUCGACUAUUCGGAUGAAGUCGGACGACGAAAGAUGUUCACACUGCUUCGGCGGAUGUUGUCCAUCUCAGAUCUCCCAGAUGAGGUUACGAAGCUCACAGUGGAGGCUCUUCGGGGGAUCUGCUCACCGGAUGUUGCUGGAGAGCGGGAAUUCUGCAGUAUCGUCCUCGAGUCCGUUGCUGAUGUACACGACACGAUCGUCGACGAGCCAGCUGAUGAUCCUGAAGACAGCUUCCAUUCAGCCAGGUCAGAGGUCAGUGGCCCAAGCACGCCGACCAAGGGAGGCAAGCGAGGUGGUAGCCCUGAGUUAAGUGAGGAAGAGGCUCGCGAGAAGGCGGUCAGAGAGAUCGUUGUCAACAUGAAGUGUCUUCACAUCGUUCAGUGCAUGCUUACGCAUGUUGCUGAGAACCUUCAGGACAACACCAACCUGGUGUCUAUGCUCAACAACCUGGUGGUUCCCGCAGUUCGCAGCCAUGAAGCCCCUGUUCGCGAGAGAGGACUGGUCUGUCUCGGCUUAUGCGCUCUCCUUGACCGAUCCCUCGCAGAGGAGAACCUCAGUCUAUUUAUGCACUUCUUUAGCAAGGGCCACACGGCUCUGCAAAUCACUGCGCUCCAUAUUCUGACUGACAUUCUCAAUGUCCACGGGGCACAACUCUUAGCAUCAACGCCAGGUCUCUUGAAGGUCUACGUCAAGGCCGUCAAGGGCGGUGCCAAAUCUCCAGAGGUCCAAGCAGCUGCUACUGUAGCCGCCUCGAAACUACUCCUUGGUCGCAUUGUCAGCGAUGAGGAAGCAUGCCAGGAGCUCAUCAAGUCUCUUGUCGUGGCCUACUUUGAUCCCUCGUCUGCAUCAAAUCAGACAGUUCGACAGGCACUCAACUACUUCCUCCCUGUGUUUUGUUUCUCACGGCCUGAGAACCAGGAUCUUAUGCGAUCCGCUGCGCUCGAGGCUAUCCAUACUCUCUACAAUGUCCGCGAGGGCUUGGAAGACGAUGAUGUGGAUGUAGAGGAGGACAUGGUCAGCAUGACUACAAUUGGAGCCUGUCUGGUUGAUUGGACAGAUCCCAGGAAGUGCUAUAGCACUACUCUCCUAUUAGAUAACGAGAAGAAGGCCGUCAAUGGCGAUGUCCACCUAGACUUUGCUAUGGACAUCUUGGAAAGACUUCGAGGCAACAUUACCAAAGAAGAAAAGAAGCUCAUUGCCACUCUUCUCGGUAAACUCCACAUGUCACCUGGGUCAACUGAGGAAAAACUCCGUGAGACAUACGCCGAGAUUAGUGCCGCCGUAGAGGAAGGAUUCCUCUCCGACGCCACCAGCCGCAACGCUCUCUACAAGAUCCAUGUUAGCCUCGGCAAAAUCGUCAAUGCCCUUGACGAGCAGCAGCCCAGUCAGCGACGUACUAGUCGCAGCAUGUCGCUGAACCCCGAGCGACAGCAGUCAGAAGAGAAGUCAGUUGUGGAAGAGCCUCGGAUUAAGGAAGAAGACGAGGACGAGGACACUGAGGGCACCAUCGUGCCCAAAGAUGAAAAGACAUCAUCGCUCGUCGAGGAGCUCCUAUCGGACGGCGACGUGGACAUGACGGAUGCUUAA